CGGCGCUUCUCCCCACAGCGGGCUGAGGGGCCCUGACUGGGCCCGCAGCUGGGGCCCGGGGCACACUGGGCCCCUUCCCUCAGGCCUCGCCCGAGCCUGCGGGGCGGCCGUGGCGCGCGUGGUGCGGUGCCUUCCCCCCCUUCCCCGUGCCGGUAACGGGUGCGAGCGCCGUGGGGCCCUCUCGCGGGGCAGCCCGCGGGGGGGGAGCCGCUUUUGCGCCUCGAAUGAGGAAGGGGGUAAAGCUGUGGGGAAAGGUGACUUUUUUGUGGGUGGCUGUGUGUUUUCACAGGAAUUCGUGCUCUUCUGCCCACAGUUAGAUCAAGGAUGUGUAAAUGGGCUAAAUCUGGGGGGAUUUCAUGUGAACCUACUGAAAUUAUAGCGUGUCAGAAAUGGGAGGAGAACAGGCCUGUUGUCCUUGCUUACCCACCCUCUGGUAGAAAUUCGGUUUAAAUCUGUGUCUAAAAUCAGCACCUAGGGAAAUCUCUGGGUUGAAUAAUGGCAAUAAGGGCCUUGGCUCGGCCAUUGCACUCAAGCUAAUGUGCUGCUAGCAGCUCCUGGAGGGUGCUGUUGCACUUUGCGCCUGUGACUUCAGCCUGGGGCUAGCUUUACAUCUUUUUAACUUGUUUUCACUCACCUUUUUUUUUCACUUGCAAAUAUUUUGGUGCUGCCCGUUUUUCAGGCUCGUUUUCUUUAGGCGUUACUGUCCCAUUGUCUGUCACCACAGGAAGAAGGCAGUGGCAGAACUUGUGAGGGGUGAACGUUGAUGUCUGCUGAGAAAUAUGGAAUUUUGGAUCAAAAGAGAUUUUAUUUUCCUAUGCUGGUUCAGAAAAGGAUCUGGGAAGUAAGUCUGAUUCCAACUGGUGACUUUAGGUAACUUCUUCUUAGUUUGAGAGACUGGGGUUUUUUAGCCCUUGAAUCUCUCCUUUGGACUCACUCCAGUUAGCCCAUUAUCUUUCUGGAAGUGUGUUGCCCCAAACUGGACACAAGACUUCAGCAGAAGCUUUACCAGGGACUACUGGAGGGAGCGGACAUCUGGCUGGUCUCAGUGCUGUCAGAAAGAUGACUUUUCUCCUGAGCUUCUCCGUCUCACUGUGAAUUGUCUCAAAUAUUUGUUCUGAUACCCAUGUGAUUUGAGUUUCAGAGCAAGACACUGCUGAAUUGCAUGGAUGUUGAUUGUAUGGAUCACAAGGGCUGGAUUGGAGGAUCCCUAGAUGUCCUCAGGCGUAGUGAGAGGCAGACCCCUGGAUCUUGCAAUAUAAGGUGUGGCUAUCAUAAGCUAAAAAAUAUGUCUAUCCGAGGCCUGAAGAAGAAACAACCGAAGACUUUUAAAGUCAAAAUCGUAACAGUGGAUGCUGAAAUGGAGUUCAGUUGUGAGAUGAAGUGGAAAGGAAAGGACUUGUUUGAUCUGGUGUGCCGAGCACUUGGUUUAAGAGAGACUUGGUUCUUUGGAUUGCAGUACACAAUAAAAGGAAUGUGCACCUGGUUAAAGAUGGACAAAAAGGUUUUAGAUCAAGAAAUCCCCAAAGAAGAUCCCAUUAGCUUUCACUUUUUGGCUAAAUUCUACCCAGAGAAGGUAGAAGAGGAACUGUUACAGGAGAUUACCCAGCAUUUAUUCUUCCUUCAGGUUAAGAAACAGAUACUGGAUGAGGAAAUUUAUUGUUCUCCAGAGGCAACAGUUUUACUGGCUUCUUAUGCUGUUCAGGCCAAGUAUGGUGACUACGAUCCGAAUUUUCAUGAGCCAGGCUUUCUAGCCCAUGAUGAACUUUUACCCAAAAGGGUCCUCAGGCAGUAUCAGUUGACGGCAGAGAUGUGGGAAGAAAAGAUUACUGCUUGGUAUGCUGAGCACAGGGGUAUUGCCAGGGAUGAGGCUGAGAUGAACUACCUGAAAAUUGCCCAAGAUUUGGAAAUGUAUGGUGUCAAUUACUUUCCCAUUGCUCAAAAUAAAAACCAUACAGAUCUCUUACUUGGAGUUGAUGCCAAAGGUAUUCAUAUCUACAGCAUUAAUAACAGGUUCUCUCCGAAUAAGUCAUUUGAGUGGAGCGCUAUCAGAAACAUUUCCUAUAGUGAGAAAGAGUUAACUAUUAAACCUCUUGACAAAAAAGCAGAAGUCUUCAAAUUCUUUUCCUCACAACUCAAAGUAAACAAAUUGAUUUUGCAGCUGUGCAUUGGAAACCAUGACCUGUUUAUGAGGAGAAGAAAAGUGGACUCAAUAGAGAUCCAGCAAAUGAAAGCACAGGCCAGAGAAGAAAAAGCUAGAAAAAAGAUGGAGAAUCAAAGGUUGGCCAGGGAAAAGCAGCUCCGAGAAGAAGCUGAGCGAGCCAAAGAGGAGCUGGAAAGGCGUCUUUUCCAGCUGGAAGAUGAAGCCAGGCAAGCCAAUGAGGCCCUGCUCCGAUCCCAGGAAGCAGCAGAGUUGCUGGCUGAGAAAGCUCAGAUUGCAGAAGAAGAGGCCAAAUUGCUUGCCCAGAAUGCUGCAGAGGCUGAGCAAGAGCGACAGAGGCUGGAGAUCACAGCUCUGAAAACCAAGGAAGAGAAACGCCUGAUGGAACAAAAGAUGAGGGAGGCAGAGCUGAUAGCAGUGAAGCUGGUGAAGGAAUCUGACCGGAGAGCCAAGGAAGCAGAGCAUCUGAAGCAAGACCUGCAUGAAGCCAGAGAGGCUGAACGGAAAGCAAAGCAGAAACUCUUAGACAUAACCAGGCUUAAUUAUCCUCACAUGGUCAAGUACCCACAAUACUCACCAACUGACAGCCGAGAUACCAACUUUGAAAAAGGGUCCAUAAAGCUGGAUUUGAAAGACAUCGACCUCAAGAGACUGUCCUUUGAGAUAGAAAGAGAGAGGUUAGACUACAUAGAAAAAAGCAAAAAAUUUGAAGAUCGCUUGAAAGAACUGAAGUCUGAAAUUCAUGCUUUGAAAUUAGAAGAAAAACAGUCUGGGCUUUACUGUCAUUGGAAUGAAGUACUGGGAUCCUUGGAUCGCUCCUUAGGAAAUACCCCGUCAUGGAUGAAAACCUUUGAAAGUAGAGAUUCAUUGGAUGUAAAUCUUCAAAGACCUUUCCCUGCUUACUCGUUAAAUACUACAAGCAGCUGGCCUUGUACCAACAAAAUUCAACACACAGUGCCAGUGGAAAAGUCAUCUUUUCAAUCAAAUUCCUUGAUUGCUAACAGUGUGGGCACAGGAACCAGAAAACAGAUUGUAAAGGUUCAGCAGCAUGACUCGGAUGUGAUCUACAUUUGAAGCCUCUUGUUUCCUUACCAGACUGGUAGAACCUGGUGACAAUCUGUUUGGCUGCUGCAAGGUGCACCUGUAUGAGGACACUUGCACAACGUUGUGUGCUGGCAGGCAAUGGCAUAAAAUGGUGUGUGGUUCUGUAGUUAGUGUGUUGCUAUUCAGCUUUGAAACUGGCAGCGUGAGCUGGAAGCCCUACAACUGCCAGGGUAAAAUAGCUAGUCUUUGGGUAUAGCUGCAAAGAAACCACCCUGGAAGAGCAUUGUGUUUACUUUUUAUGCACUUUUGGAGAAAUACUUUGUACUUAACUAAACCCUCCUCUCCCCCAGUAUCUUUUCAUGCUGACUAUCAGUACAGUACAGUACUUGUGUAGAAAGGAGGCUAGGCAGCUAGUGUCUGGGGGAGAUAUUUGGGAUGAGGAAAAGAAAAUUCAUAUAUGAGCCUGGUGCUUAUCCACACAAUAGAUGAAUUCAGUUUUCAGCCCUUUCCGUGGGGCAUGACUCACAGAGCUGUUGAACGUUUUAGUGUUUAUCUGCCAAAUAUUUUCCUUUUCCUCCCAAAACGUUUUUCUAAUCACCUAAUUGAUUUGCAUUUCCCUGCGAGAAAUCUCAGCUUGUAAUUCCAGGCAUAGAGGUGGACAUCUUCAAAUACGUCUCAUAUUCCUGGGGGAAUCCUUUGUUUGGAAUGCACAGCUUCUGUUUCUUUCUACAGUUUCUGUCAGUAUCAAACACUCUGUUGCUUGCUGCUCCAGUGAACUUUGCAUACAUUAACUUGUUUCCCAGUUCUGCGCAACACAGCUCCCAAAUUAGACAAAGACAAAAGAUGCUAUUAGUGUCUGCUAAAGUUUGACUUGUUUCUGAGAGGUGCAUGCAAGAAAAUGUCUGCCUCUUUAGUGAAACCUACCUGCGUGUUCUGGUUUUGUGUUAAUUGUCUUUCACCAAUAAAUAGUCAGUCUGAGGACUUCUGGGGAAGUAGAUGAUACAUGGCUGUAGCUACAGUAGUAGCACAGUUGAGCGUGUGAGUUGUGAUGUAAAAAUGGAUGUUAAUAUUCUUAAGCAUCUAGUCCUAAAAGCGAAGAUUAACGAAGAUUAAAAAAAUACAUUUAAUAAAAAGCUUCAAUUUCUACAUGCUAGUAGCUGCUUUGAGCUGAAUAGCGUGUCAAUACUGAAACAACAUUAACAAGGCAAGUUUUGAACAAAUGUGCGAAUCUCCUGGGUACACAUCUGCAACACUCUGAGAACACAUUGUGGGAGAGCAUCUGUAGCCAGCUCAGUCCUUGGACUUUUAACUGUCAUGAUAGUUAGGUGGCAAGAUGCACAUUACAGCUAUUUGCUAUACUGUCUUGUUUUGUUAUCCCAGCCUUGAGAGUACUUGCUACCUCUGGUAGGCAGAAGGAGGGGAGUGUUAAUUCUGUUCAUGGCUCUUUUUCUGCUAUAUGACAGAUUUGCAGAAAAUUGACUAUUCCAUGCAUGAUUUCUGAUCUGUCUGGGAAAGGCCUUUUGUGUGAGAUGGAGACAAAGAGGGAAGAGGCUCAGUGCUGGGCUGGUUGCAUUGACCAGAGCUUGACAGUGGUGAGGUAAGAAAUGGUCCUAGAGGGGAAAAAAGCACACAGUAGCUCUGAAACUGGCAUCCUCAGAUUUUGAGGGAGGGAGGACAGAUGUGCUGGGUUCUCCCUGUGUUCUCUUCCUGUUCCUUCUUUGUUGGUCUUGCCAUAAAUAACCAAGCUUGUGCCCUUAUUCUGCUGCAUGUGCUGGGGCUUCCCCUCACUGUCACAUCUGAGCUGAGUCAUGAGCAGUGUAGAGAAGAGAAUUGCUCCACAUUCAUAUUCAAUUGAUUCAUUUCCUUGGCCUCAAUUGGGAAAAUCUUGUAUGUCACAAUGAAAACCAGAAGAGGCCCUCUUCUGUAGGGACAUGCUGCUGUGAGCUUCACCAUGAAGCCUGUCUGCACAAGCUGCCUUUGCCUUGCUGGUUCAGAGGGGUUCUUGCUCUGCAUUGCUCUCCUGCAGCAGAGGACAAUGCUCCUAUUAUAUCCCUGAUAGGUGGUGUUUGAAAGGUAACAUGAAGGUGGGAGGCAUUGGGAUCUGCUGGAGAAAUGCUUGUGGAACCUCAGGUGCACUGGGCUGUUGCUGGGAGGGAGCCUGCAGAGAAGUGCACCCAGGAAUUAGGUUGCUUAAUUCUAAAAUAAAUAUUUGUAGCAAUUA